AAUAACUGAUUGAAUGGAAACCAUAUUGUUAAGAUACCGUGAUAAAAGAUGUCUUUUGUUUUCAUAUUUACUUUUCAGUUCAUUAGUAUAAUAAGUGUUCGUAAUUUUAACAAUAUCGUAGAAAACAGAAGCCGCCAGGGAAGUGAUCCUGAAAACUACAAACAGCGCAGUAUUAUCAUUAUUCAUUUGCCAUUGGUAAUUAUUUAUUUUUGUUACCUGAAUAAAUACUGAAAUACUCCAUUGAAACAGUUUCUUUACACGACCACAUCCUGGAAGGACGGCAUAUUAUGUUCAUAUAACGGUAAUUUUAGACGGAUGAGUGUUUUUUUUUCACAUCGUAACAAUGCCAUUCGAGGUAAGUUCACAUGGUACAAAUAACAUAUUUCAUUGAAAGUAUUGUAAGCGUAGUAAUGUACGUCACAUUUAUCAUUGCGGGUGAGUAACAUGACGUUAUGUUAUAAUUGCAUUGGGCAUUGAUGUGUUGGAUAUGGAACCAUAACAUUAUAUUAUUAAGCACCUACAUAUUUGCAAAUAAUUUUGCCCGGUGCAAUCGCGGUUGUGCUAGUUUGAUGAAUUUAAUCAUUCGAACACAACAGUCUACUUUGAAACGUAAGUAAAUAUGUUUGAAAACCUAAGCCCACCUGUCAAGAAUAUGCCUAGCAUAACCUUAACUAUGCAUAGGUACCAAUAGCGCUAUUCGAGUGUAAUGUGGUCAAAGGUAACGAACGUGGUUAUAAAUUGUAUUCCGCAAAUAUGGUCCACGGGUCACGUCUUGUAUCUACGACACGGAAUUUUUUUCUGGAUCACUGACGCCGCUAGGAUUCACGACACAAAUAUAGUUUUUGGUGAAAAAAAAACGUCAUCCGGAACGCUUUAAUAACAGGCAUCGUGUAACACGGCCCGUAGAGCUUAAAAACAAUAAGUACAUUAAUAGUAUGGUAGUAAUUAACAUCAUAUUUGCGUGUGCCCGUCCUCAUUUAAAUUUAUGCCCUAAUGGACAUCGUCAUGGCUUCCCGAGCAACACAAUUGAAUGCGUUUAUCAGUGACUUCUACGUCUACGUUCAAAAUUACACAGGUUAAACUGUUGUGCACACAUUACACCCAUAUAGUUGGCGUAUCUUCGUUUUAUUGUCGGUACCUAAAAUAUGUAUUAUGUAUAGACGGCCCAGCUGGUUGGAAAUAUUCGUUACGAAAAUAAUAUAAUAUGGUACUCUUUACCCCGUUACAUAAUAUUAUGCUAUAAUUUGAUUUACGGGCGCCUUGCCCCGAGUUCACAAUGCUCUACUCCACUUAUUGCUAUUUAUUUAAUAUACAGAGCGCGCCAAUAAUAAUCAUUUACAAUUCGUUACAGACUAAAUCACUAUCAUUUGAUUUAUCGAUUACGCUUCCACGUAAAAAAAAGAGUACGUACCUUAUAAAAAACAUGUGUUAACCCUUUCCGAUAUUCUUCGGAAAGUGUCAGUGCCGCGUAUAAAUCUGCCAAAAAGUGGUUUAUGUGUCGAAACGAAUUUCCGAAAAAAAAGUCAGUAUAAAAUUCGCGAUUUACAAAUAAAAGCAUCACCGACCUGAAAACGGUCUCUGCAAAUAUACCCCCACCCUUGACGCGACGGCGAUGAUGAGGGUGUUGCACUUGUCCAAUAGUAAAACGGCUGGUCCGCCCACCCCCGACCGGGUGCCCGUGAGGGUGCGAUGAUCGAACGCUCCGUGUUUGUGUAUAACCAGUCUCUUGGUGACCAUGGAUCCGAAGAGUUUGUACGGUCUUGACGGUUCCGAUUCAGGAUUUGAAAUGAGCUUUGACUCGGAAAAUGAAGCUACGUUUUCGUUGGACGAUACUAUGGGCUCCGAGGAUUUCGCUUCGUCUGUGAGUUUAGCCGACGACGAUCUACAAGUAAAACCGAAAAAACGCCGGCAAAGAAGAACGAGAGAACGAAGUCCAAUGCAGCUGAUUAAAAUAAGAAAACACCGACGCAUGAAGGCAAACGACAGGGAACGAAAUCGGAUGCAUAUGUUAAACGAAGCUUUGGACAGACUUCGAUGUGUUUUGCCAACAUACCCAGAUGAUGCGAAAUUAACAAAAAUCGAAACUCUCAGGUUCGCGCACAACUACAUUUGGGCACUAUCACAUACACUACAAGUCGUCGAGACUACCGAACAAUCUCCAAUAGACCAAGAUCAACCCCUAAUGCUUACCAUGGGUGACGUGACGGUCAGCAUAAGCCAACAAGGCAACAAAAUCACCUCUUCUACGGGAACCUGUGCUUUGGCACAACAGAAGAAACCGUGCUCGCCGAUCGCCGAGCCACUGGCAACUUCGACGCCUAUAAAGGAGUCGUCCAAGCCGCACCAACACCUAGCGACGAGCCACUCUCUCAAUGAUUCUGGUUACUUCGAACCACAACGUCUCGACCACCUCCUUGGUAUAACCAGCGAGCAUACCGGACAUGACCACAUUUACCACCCUGACAGGUGGCUUCAGAAACCUGGUGACACUCAGCACCAUCACCAUCACCAGCCGCCACCGCCAACCGACAAGACGUGGCCCGAAACGGCAUACUGCAAUGAAUACCAACCUACUUGGCCGCUACAGACCACGUGGCACAAUCACGGACCACUGACGUAUCCAUCAUCGGCUAUAGACCAGAGGUGUCAUGAACCGAUGAUGUUCUACUCUUGAGAUCGGUGAGAAAAAAACAGUGCUUCCGCACUAAUACCAGGAGAAUUGAACGCCACCCGACUAUCGGUUUCUGAUCGUCACCAUUGCUCACUUAUUCUACGAUCGCUCGGUGCUUUUAUCGUUGGCCUUCCUAGGUGACACGAAAACGCGUGCUAGCUAGCUAUGAUUGUAAUAAUUAUCGGGUCUUAUUGUAUGAUGUCCGUUAUGUUUAUAUAUAUUAUAUUAUUUUACUUUAGUUCGCGAACACUCGUCACCGAGGCGAACGAUAACCAAUAUUAUAUUUUUGUACCUAUAUAUUAUUAUUAUGUAAUGAAUAAAACAAAAUGUACGCAUUAUAUUAUUAUAACAGUUGUAUAUGUAUUGCAUUUGUCUUCCGAUGAAUGAUGACCGGUUCAAUUCUACGGAAUAAUUACGUGACACCGCCCAGCAGAGCACCUACACCCAUGCCUGGUCGGCCUGGUAUUGUCGCGUGGCUAUAGGGUGAGUACAACGGUGGUGGUUAGAGGUGACUGUUUUGUUCCGGUGUAACGCCUCCACGAAAACUUGUAAUCCGCCGUCGUAAGCCGAUUAUCCGGCACAACACGGACCGACCAGUCACCCGUGCUCGGUGCACCCCCCAUCGACAAUUGGGUUCCUGCUGUCCCGUAAAUAUUUUGCGAACCCCGACAGAGUACAACCAGUUCUAUAC